AUGUUUGCAAGCACCUUCUUUGAGAUAAGAGCAAAGCUGUGGUUUUGGUCUACAGAAGUGGGAGGAGUCAACGCAGCCCUUGUUCUUCAAGCAGUCAUAGCUCAGCACUGCAGACACAGACUGGAGAGACGGCACAGACGCCUUGAGCUGAUUGGCAUCUGGAUUCUAGCCUUUGUUUUUGCCCUACCAAUAUUUUUCACUCAAGAACUCAAAGACAGGGAUGGAUUGCAGAGAUGUCAGAGGGCAAUGGAGUCACGGGCUGUAGUACUGACUGUUUUCGUUCUUGAAAUCCUGUUGGGGUUCGUCAUCCCAUUUUUGAUCAUGUUAACAUGUUAUCUUUGGUUGCACAAAGGCUUGAGCCAAAAAGCCAAGAGCUCCAGUCUAACUAGAGCUCCACAGGACCAGGAACCCAGAAAUCAGGGGCCAAAGGUUAGGACUUACAAGAAGAGACUUGUGGUCAGCAUCGUUGUGGCUUUCUUUCUGUUUUGGACUCCUGUGCACAUCAUCAAUGUGAUUGAUAUAGUUACUACUCUGACUAAAACUUCUCAUCCAGAUGUUCAUUCCCAAAUGAAGUCCUUCCGUAGAGUUUAUGGUGAUGCAAGCAAGACUCUGGCUUUGGUAAACUGCUGUCUGGAUCCUUUUCUCUAUGCCGUUUCUUCAGGAAAUAUUCUAAAAUUUUUCAGAAAGAAAUAAUUCCUUUGUUAUUGGAUAAUUUACUUCCAUUCAAAUAUAUGCUUCAAAGACUCGCUGGUUCCUCAUUGUUGUUCUUGUGUGGAUUGCAGUAGUAGUAGCAACAAUAUUCAACAUUCAUCUGACCGCAUUUCAUACAUGCAUUCAUUCAUUCAUACAUACAUACAUACAUACAUACUGUCAUAUUUAUCAACAUGAAUAAAGUAUAACAUUGUAAAUAAUUAUAUAUUUAUUUGAUUGCUGGAAAAAUUGAUUGAAACAUUCAUAACAUUUCAGUUUUUAAGAUUGUAAUCUUUGGUAACAGUCUAGAAGAACUCAGUGUUUUUAACUGCUAAUUUAAGCCAUGUUUUCCAAUCUUGAAUUCAUGAAACCCUUGGUCUUUGAGUUAAGCUAAUAAUUAAAUAAUACAAAUUAAAAAUAGCAAUAAAUAUAAUUUUAAAAUAAAAACAAUCAAAAUUAAUGACAUAAACAUAUAGGCCUAUCUAUAGAGAGAGAGAUUAAAGUUAUUACAAUUCGUAAAAUGAUGACAAAAUUGAAAUUUAUUAGGCAGAUACUUAAUGAAAACAGAAAAAUGUCACCAAUAUCUGUAAAAUAAGUAAUUAGCCAAUUCUGCUUAAAUGAAGGGUUACAAAAAUGACUACACCCUUGAUUAAAUAAGGAGAAGGUAUAGUGUCUUCUAUUUCAAGAUUUUGAAUUCCAUCACACAAUGGUGUGUGAAUUCAUGACACCAUUGAUAAAGAAUAACUCACCACUCCUUGGGCCUCAUUUAUAAAUCGUUGUGCAGAAACCAUCCUUUGAUCUUACAAUCAUUUCUCUGAUGUGCGUACGUGUGAUUCAAAGAAUGAAGCGAGCGUAUGCCUCUCUUUCAGAUGUGAAAUCUAUAAAUCGCAAAUGAUCUUGAACUUGCAUGCAGCUGAAUGGUUUCAGUUCUCCGCGAUUUAAACGACAUUAAAUUAAUGUCAUUUACAUAUUAAA